ACGUAACUUACUGGUUUUCUAUGAUUUUCUCCGGUAAACUACUUUGUUAUCUAAUAUACGUCGAAAACCUCAAAAAAUGCGAAAUUACCCAACCAUUACGUCCAGGAUUUCUACUACCCUCUGAAUCGCGACGGUAGCAACACUGCUCGUCAGUCAGGAUUAAGCAAUCUCGCUUAUUGAUUGGUUCUUUCCCGACAAUACCCGACAGGCCGGCCAAUAAAAACGAUUGCUUUAGUCUGCGUUUUCCUUCAUUUUCGACGGUAAAUACGACGGUGUCAACAGUUUUCAUUCCUGUUAUUAGUGAUUAUCACGUGUGAUCAUGGCGGCUGUUGCAGCAGCGAAAGUCCAAGAAGUUCGGGAGAUUACAAGAAUCGAGCGAAUUGGUGCUCAUUCUCACAUUCGAGGUCUGGGAUUGGAUGACAGUUUAGAACCACGAAAUGUUUCUCAAGGCAUGGUUGGACAGCUUAUGGCACGACGUGCUACAGGCGUUGUUCUAGAAAUGAUUAAAGAGGGCAAAAUAGCAGGUCGUGCCAUUUUGUUAGCUGGUCAGCCUGGUACUGGAAAAACAGCUAUUGCAAUGGGUCUGGCGCAAGCUCUUGGUCAAGAUACACCAUUCACUUCUAUGGCUGGUUCAGAAAUUUAUUCUUUAGAAAUGAGCAAGACGGAAGCUCUGACACAAGCUAUUAGAAAAUCAAUUGGAGUUAGAAUCAAAGAAGAAACUGAAAUUAUCGAGGGUGAAGUUGUUGAAAUUCAAGUAGAUAGACCAGCUACAGGAGUGGGGGCAAAGGUUGGAAAGUUAACACUGAAAACAACUGAGAUGGAAACGAUUUAUGAAUUAGGGAACAAGAUGAUCGAUAGCUUAAUGAAAGAAAAGGUUCAAGCAGGAGAUGUAGUAACUAUUGAUAAAGCUACAGGAAAAAUUAAUAGACUUGGUCGGUCAUUUACUCGAGCCAGAGACUAUGAUGCAACAGGAUCACAAACUCGCUUUGUACAAUGCCCGGAAGGAGAACUGCAAAAGCGUAAAGAAGUUGUUCAUACGGUUACAUUGCACGAGGUUGAUGUAAUAAAUAGUCGAACACAUGGAUUUCUUGCUUUGUUCUCUGGUGAUACUGGUGAAAUUAAGUCUGAAGUACGUGAACAAAUAAAUGCUAAAGUAGCAGAAUGGAGAGAAGAAGGAAAAGCAGAAAUUGUACCAGGUGUCCUUUUUAUUGAUGAGGUUCACAUGUUGGAUAUCGAGUGUUUCUCAUUUUUAAAUAGAGCAUUGGAGAAUGAGAUGGCACCAGUUGUUAUAAUGGCAACAAACAGAGGUAUCACUAGAAUAAGGGGCACAAAUUAUAAAAGUCCACAUGGUAUCCCCAUCGAUUUGUUGGACCGUAUGAUCAUUGUUCCAACCAGCCCCUACCAAGAAAAAGAAUUGAAAGAAAUUUUGAAAAUUAGAUGUGAAGAAGAAGAUUGUGAAAUGGCAGAUGAUGCAUUGACUGUGCUUACAAGGAUAGCUUUGGAAACAUCACUAAGAUAUGCUAUUCAACUUAUUACUACAGCUUCACUUGUCAGUCGCAGAAGGAAAAGUACAGAAGUCAGCAUCGAAGAUGUCAAACGCGUAUAUUCUUUAUUUUUUGAUGAAAGCAGAUCCACGCAAUUCUUGAAAGAAUAUCAAGAUGAUUUUAUGUUCAACGAAAUACGUAAGUAUUCAGAUUUUUUAUUAAAAAGGUAAUAAUAUUUACCAUUUGAAGCCGUUUCUCCGCAAAAUAAUCCAAGAUGUAAAUUUGUUAGUGUAACUCGGACAAUUGUUAGUAGACAUAAUGUAUACUAUUGGGUGUAAUAUAAAGCAUGGAUCACGAGGUCUUUUUAAUUUUAAUAUUCAAUACUGCGUAUGCAAAUAGAAACGAAGAAAAAGUGCAGCAGUAAUAUCAAUCAAAUAUCAGAUUUACAUUUAAUGUUUGAACUAUAUACACUUAAAAUAAUUAAGUUUCAUAAUGUUUUCGAUUGUUUUUUAAUUAUGAAUUUAUAAUG